AACUGUCACCAUGUCUGACAACUCCGACGACAACGGGGAGACCGAUUUUGUCGAGGGAGAAGAAGCCGUUGAGGAAAUUCAUGAUGGCGAAGACGCUGCGGGCAACGAAGAGAUUCCCAAUGAGCAAAUGGCAGAAUUUGAAGCGGAUCGUUACGUCCAAAAGUACUUAGAAGUGAAUGAGUUGACCUUCGAAGAGGCGUUGUUUCCUCCUCAGAUGAUGCAAGGGGCGCAAGAUGCCUUGAACAUCUUUGUGAACUCCUUGAACGACCGUGAUGCGGCCGGAGAAGCCAUCUACGGAGCGAUCUUUGAUGCAGCUCCCAGCUUGCACAGUCUCUUCAAGACAGCCCGGUCUGUGAUGGCUAUGCGUUUCAUGAAUGGUCUCACAAGCAUAAUUGCUUCAGCGCACAACCCGCAGCAACUCAAGACUCAGGUAGAGAGCCUGGGCUUUCAACACUUGGACUUGGAAGUGACUGUUCCACGUGUGGGCAUUUUUCGAGAUGCCAUUGUCGAUCUCUUUGAAAUGGAAUUGGGGACACGAUUCACCACAAAGGCCAAAAUCGGAAUGCAGGUCAUCCUGAACUAUACCGGUGGUGCCUACAUCUACAUUCGCCGUGAGUAUGCCUCCCGCAUCCGAAUCAUUCAGCGCAGCUGGAAGACUGCCAACAAGCAAGCUGAAGAAGAGAUGGAGGAGGCGCCCGCCCCGCAAGAAGAAGGCGCUGCGGAGGAAGGCAAUAACGCGAGUGCCUCACAGCAUCAGGCGAAGAAGGAUGAAAAGGACCCAAAGGCUGCAGCAAAUGCAGGUGCGAUCAACUCCAUGCAAGCUACAGAUAAAAACGGCAAGACCAAUGUGAAGGUUCCCACCUCUUUUAAUGAAAUGUUCCUCUUCAAUGCGGCAGUGAUGGGUCUUGGAGAGAGCGGUUGGAUGGCGGUGAUCCUUGAGCAGUUCCACAACAUUGUGACGAAUGUGGCAAAUUCCUAUCGCUUGCAAGAGGAAUGUGACGUGUUGAGUCUGGUUUUGGACAAGCAACCAGGGCAAAUUCACCUUUCUGAGUUCAAGGCUGUGAUGUUGGCAUCUUUACGAUCUCUCGUCCCCAAAGAGUGGGACUCUGAUCACGAAGUUGCCUGGAACUGGCUAUGGGAGAACGUUGAACGGAUGAUCAAAUCCAACAUGGGAAAACCAGGGCAGCAGGAAAAAGCCUUGUCACGAUUCAUUGCAUCUCUGACAUCAGAAGAUAUCUAUGUCGUGCGGAAGCAGAUAUACCAGAGGUUUUUUCAAAUCGCUCCAGCUGGGCAAGAUCAUUUCAAACAAUCCACCACUCGCUUGUAUUUCAUUGCUGACAAGAUCAUUGAGAUGACCAUGGAGAUGUAUCAUCAGCCUCGUGCGAUGGUUGAGGACAUCUCAGCGCUGGGACUGCGGCAUGUCGGGUAUGCUAUCCCGACAGAGCUUUUUGCUCCAUUCGUCUCUUCUGCCGUGGUAACUGUUCGAGAGCAGACCUCAGAUGAUGUUGCCGAGAGUGCAUUUCGCUGGUCUUUGACAUUAAUUUCCAAGAUUUUGGUCCGCACAAUUUUGGAAGGGAGCACAAUUGUCAUGAAAGCCAUCAACACCAAUUCAGCUCGUGCACUGAGACAGGCGAUAGCGAUUGCGCCAAGAAACAAGAGGGCAACUGAAUUGCUCAACAUCACCGUUGGCACUCAGUCAAUCUCUCCGUUUUAUUGGGCUAUCGACAGUGGAAGUCUGGAAUGUGCGAAAGCUAUGAUUGAAGAUUUGUUGACCAUCCGAGCUGAUCGAGAUAAAUACUAUUUUGGUGUGGAUGAGCUCUUCACACGACAUCCAGAAGUGAUCCAACGCCUGUGCAAUUCGGCACCCAACCUGCUUUGGACGCUGCUAGAUGGUUUGGUUUGGCGCUCGAGGCAGGCAUUCGACGGCAAGCGCCGUGUGAAUUUCUAUGUCCGGAACCUGGUCCAGGACGUAGCAGAUGACAAUUUCAGCAGGGCCCUGGAGUGGCUGGUGGAGCGCAACGAUCCAAAGAUUAUUUGCCAUUCUGCAGUUGUCCUAUUCGCAGACCUCCUCUGGACGAGGAUGGCACAGUAUGACUUCUUGCUGGGCAGAUGCUACUUCCUGUUUUGCCUGUGCGUCUUCGUCGCAGGACAGGCAAUCUUGGGUGGUGUUGAGCCAAGCAUGGCUGAGCGUACUGCCAUAUUCGUGUGCCGGAUAUUCAUCUACCUCGGGAGUAUGUGCCGCAUUCUGUACUGCCAGAUCAAGCUGUUAUACGAUGACAUCAAGAAUGGAGCAAUUGUCCGGACCUACAAAGUCCCGUUGCCCCAGUACCUCUUCAACUUGCAAGACAGCGGAAGCCUGCUACUCAUGUGGGUAUUGGUGUUGAUGUUGAUCCAGGAGCCAAUUCUUCACUGCUUGGCCUACUCCGAACAAUUUGGUCUGUUUGCCACAGGUUGUAUGGAUCCCGGGGCGGAGGAGGCAUACGCUGGCUUCUCCGGCCUUGCCAUGCUGUUGUACUGGCUUCUCCUCGUGAACUUGAGCAUUUUCUCAAUGAAAAUCUCAGCCUUUGUUCUUGUUUGUGGUCGUGUGCUGGUCGAGGUUUGUCUCUUUUUGAUGGCCUUCCUUUUCCUGAUCGUUGCCUUUGCCACCGCCAUCACUGCAUUCCAUCACAGCCUAUAUGAGUUUUCCUCUGUAGACAAGGGCAUGGAAACUCUGUUAGAAAUCACGCUGGGCAUGUACCCAACCGAGAACUACAAGAUCAUGAUGAAGGAAUCAGUUUGGGUGGAGAUAGCUGUGAUUGUCUUCAGGAUUCUGGUUGCUGUUGUGCUGCUGAACCUCUUGGUUGCGCAGUUGAACAUGGCCUACAAGUUGGCCCACGCUGAUAUGGAAGGGUACGCAAGGCUGACACGUGCGGGUAUCAUCGUCACCACAGUGGAACAAGUCUCAAGAAAACGAUGGCGCAAGUUCCUCGAGAGACUUGGCAUUACUUGGCUUUGGCUCGAAGAUGCACAAAGGAUAUCAAAGGAUUUAUUAUGCCUUUUCGUCGAACGGAGUGUGUGUGUGUGUGUGCAACAUCUGAACAGAUGUAAAACUUCUAUUUUCUGA